ACGUUUUAUUUUGUACCACCAAACUUGCUCGUAUAACUACUCGUCUUAAAUAGGAAAAACGUUGAUGUGUUUGGUCACUUCUAACUUUAUCUCUGUUUGAUACCAUUGAAUGAAUGGGGCUAAGCUAAAUGCUAUCAAAGUGUCGCAGCGCGCUCCAGCGCUUACGUGCACGCACACAGAUGACAGAGGGAUGUAUCAACAAUUCUUAGUUAAGUUAAUAACAUAGUUUAAUAUUGAAAAUGAGUAGACUAUUCCUUUAAGUAAUCGUGUUAUCCCCUUUUUCCCAAAAUCAUUUACAUUUUAAUCAUAAACAUUAACACAGUCUUUUUAUGACUAAAAUAACAGUAAAGGGUAAAAAAAAUAAUUGGCAAAAAUUAAAACGGAUAAAACCGAAUUUGCAAAAAUUAAAACGGACAAAACGGAAUUUGGGAAAAAAUAAAACAGAAUUUGGGAAAAAAUAAAACGGAUUUUAUAGGGUCCUAAUCAAUGUCGUAUCGGCCCACACUGGCCGUUGUGCGGGUUCCGAACACAUACUUGAUUGUACCAUUGUACAACAACAUAAUUUUAGUAAAGAUAAUGACCAGUGGUUAUGAUUCAUCACCAUGAUGGCCACAUACAGAACGAUUACGUACAACUUAGUUAAUGUCAAUAAUUAAUCUGUCAUACGAUAACCAGAGGUUAAUUGCUAAGGCAGUUUAACAAUGCCGCUCCAUGCUUACGUUCUAUUGUUAAAAAGUACCCAUGUGUAGCCCAUACAGUCACCCACAUACAACUUAAUGCAGAUCUUAUACUACAACCAGAGGUUUAAGUUGGCUCUGUCCAACCUGAUAUAGUAAAUAAUAGGACUAUACAACAAUGUAAUUAUAGCAGAGAUACUGACCAGCGGUUAUGACUCAUCACCCUGAUGGCCCACAUGUAAAUGCGACUGUAUAACAACUUAGUUAGAGACAGAACUUAAUAAGCAUGAUUUAACCCCGAUCAUAGAUACAUGGUAACAAAGAUAUAUCAUAAUACUUUAUAAUAACUUAGAAGAGUCAAUAAAACAGAGCAAAUUAGAAUGAAUGCAAACGUAACAAUUUAUUAACCAGGUAGGAAAAACAUAACUCAGAAGCCAAUUAAUAUAUCCAAUUCGAAUACAAAACAAUCAAACGAAAAUCCAUUGCACACCUGAUAAGUAGAUGAAGAUCUGGUUACAGAUUCCUCAAAAAGAAAUAAAAAUACAUGAUGCUGUAUCAAAGAGGGUUCCUUUCUGAAUAUAGAAAAUCCCACCUAAAUCUUUUACCUUUUUUCAUAAAUAUCCAGAGAACAAAGCAUUGUGAUAAUGAUAUACUGAUUGGUUCUUCUAAACCCAGGGGUGUUGCCUACUAUACACACAGUGGGUGAUUGGUCAACAUGUCUAAGGUAGGAGGUGUCUCCCAACAACAUUAGGUUAAGUUUACUUAUUUUAUUUUCACAGUUAAAAUUGAAUUCUGUUGUUAUAUUAAUACUCUAAAGAUUGGUAAAUUGAUUAGUUGCAAAGUUAUGUAUAAUUAGUAAAAUGUCUAAACAGGACUAUUGAAAUAGAGAGAACAAUUACAAUGAUUGAGAUUUGGUUGCUAUUAUAGUGUAAUAGUAUUUGUUAAUAAAACAUCUUAAAAUCACUAUUUAAAAUAUUCAGACAAGUGGUAUAAGUCAGCAAGUAAAUCUUUUUAUUUUUUAUCUCAUACUGUAGCUCUGUCUUCAAUCAAAUGUUUUCUAUGAUAUAUGUGAGACAAUUGGUUUCAAGGCCAGAGAAAUAGGAAAACAAACUUUAAUCUCUAAAGCCCGUUCUCUAUAGUCAACACUGAUAGCAUGAACCCAAACACUGGCUUCCAUUUUGUGGAGUGUUACAGAUUUUUGCUUCUUCUUUGACACAGACCUACAAGAGAAGCGUCAGUUAAGCUCAGCUUGAUUUAAGUUUACUCUUUUACCUGAACUAGUCAGAAAACAAAGUUUGAGGAUGUGGACCUGGACCAGGUUUUUGUCUUUAUUAGCUAGUGCCCUGAUCUUACGGACUGUGUUACCAUCUUCCCUGGGACAAGCCUGUCAAGGAGAUGAAUUGCCGAGAGAUUUAGUGUUUGACUGGCUAAAAAGGCAGAUCUUGGAACAUUUGGGAAUGGAAGAGCCUCCUCUGCCAUUGCGCCAGAUGCAACCACGGCAGACGAUGGACAGAACUGUGCAACAUGUACUUCCACGAAGAACUAAAGAAAUCAGAGUGGAAAGAAGACACCAUCAAGAGUCCUCACAGUUCAUUCUAUUCCCAAGCUCUGAGUCAACAUGCAUAGAUAUGCCUGAACCCUCUGACACUGCAACUGGUCAUUUCACUUACUACUUUCAGCCUUCUUUAGACAGCCAGGACUCCAUCACCUCUGCCCACUUCUGGUUUUAUGCAGGUGAGGCUAUCGCUUCCAGCAACAUCUCUGCACCUGUCUUCAUCCUCACGUCUUACCAGGAGCUACUCCAAGCAUCUGAAGCCCCAUUAAAAAGCAGCCCUGAUGGCUGGACCACCUAUAAGUUGUAUCGUCAUCUCCACAUUGUCAUGUCUGGUGGCCCUUUUAUGCUGCAGGUUCGCUGCCCAGCCUGCAGCUGCUAUGGUUCAGAGGAAGAUAAAACCCCCUUUCUGCAUCUCCACACCCAGCCAAGUGGUCCUGGUAGGUCCCGUAGAGCUCCUAAGAUCCCCUGGUCACCAGCUGCUAUCGAAAAGCUAAGGAGACCUGCUUCUGUGGACACUAACACAGAUUGCAGAAGAGAACAGAUAGAAAUUUCCUUCAAGGAUCUGGGAUGGGACAACUGGAUUGUUCAUCCUAAGGCUUUUACCUUCUACUAUUGCCAAGGCAACUGCUCCAGCUCUGAGCGCACUACCACCCUUCUUGGGAUUAAGCAAUGCUGUGCUCCUGUUCCAGAGAGCAUAAAGUCACUCCGUUUCACUACAACCUCAGACGGAGGUUACUCUUUCAAAUAUGAGACAUUGCCUAACAUCAUACCAGAGGAAUGCAACUGCAUGUAAUAUUCUGCUUAUGCUUGGUUUUAAGACUAGCUAUUGGUGUGAGGUUAAAACAGUAACCUGUUUUAGAUUAUCAAAGCAUGCUAUGUAUAGAUGAGGAUAGUAAUAGAUAAUACCUAUUCAUAGCUAAUGAUCAAUUUUGCUACUUAAUACUUGCUACUAAAUUAUUUAUUUCCAAAUAUUAACCUUUAUUAAUAUUUAAACUUUGUAAUAAACCAAAAUAAUAAUAAAAUAAAUCCUCCCUUAUUGUUGUUUAUUUAUCAAAUGUCCAAAUAAAGCUUUAAAUAAUUUUUAAAUUUACAGAAAAUUGUUCAAACACUACACAUGAAUGUAAUGAAAUGUAUCAUGAGAUGUUAUUUAAUCUGGUUAAAUAAAGGUUAAAUGGUGAAAAAAUGUCAAAGGUAUACAGUAUUUUUUGUUUUGUUUGUCAUUUUGAAAAUGUUGUUAGACUUUAUUCUGAAAUGAAGUAAGUGACAUUCAGCUGUGCUAUCAACAUACAUGUGCCACCAUGCUUCAUGUGCCAUAGAAUUACAUUUGUGUUUGAAGAACUGAUUGCCACUGAUCUAUAUAAAUGACUGGAUUGCGCAUAGAAUGCUAAAGUAAGAGCAGGAGGUAAAGCCACCCAGCAGCCAAAAUGGUAUAGGCUACCUAACUGACAGAAAGAGUCAUUGAAUAACAUUCAAAAUCAUGGUCUAAACUCAUCCAGUGAAGCAUAUUAGUGGCACAAGAUUAGUUUUCAGAACAAUGCUGUACGGUUGUACACACUGUGUGCACCAUGAUAGGGUGCUAAUGCUGUUUUCUAUAUCAUUUUCAAAUGAUUGUUCAAUUUAUCCAUGUAGACAUUUAGGAAUUGGUGAAAACUGCACGUAAGUGAUUAGGUGCAUAUGACUUUAUCCGGCGCCGGAAGAAUCGACAGCCACCUGACAAAUGUAAUGCAUUUUGGUUAGAAAAUUUGGUUAGAAAAACGUUCCUCGCCGUUGCAGCCACUUCACGAUCACAUGUGCCAGCAAAGUACCCCGAGUGCAAAACGAGAUCAGCCGCCUAGGUAAUUUUAAACAAUUACUACUUUUAAAAAAUGCGGGCCAGGGAGCAGGUCGGGUACAAAAUUUAUUUUUAAUUUUUACAUUUUUGCGGGUGGGUUAGUUGAAAACGUUGCUCGUGUGCAGGUUGUUUAUACAUUGACCCGUGCAUCACUGGCCCCCACACUGACUGCGAAAGGCUUGGUGACGACACUGUUUUUAUUGGCCAGACUGACAACAAACAAUUAGGUGCAUUUUAGUUUUAACCUUACACAGUUUCACUAUGUUCAUAAAUUCAUGUUUCUAUGACAGUAAAACUCUGUUAUUCAUGCCAGUAUUUGUGCGGGGACCAGCUUACCAAUAUGAUAUCUGGCUUUGUCCAUUUGUGCUUUUCAGUAGAGAGAAAGGUCACGCAGUGUCAUACAGG